AGCUCGGAGCAGGGUCUUUGUGACUUAGGUUUGCAUGGGGGCGGGGGAGGGGGCCCCCAGGCUCUCCAGCCUCCGGGCCCCUGAGUCCAGAGACCACUGAAGCAACCCGUGGCCGCCGCGGUGCCGUGGCCCGUUAGUCAGGGCCGGACAAUGGAAUUUGUCAGACUCCCUCCGGAGAGCACCCGGGCCGGCGCUGCUUCCGAGCGUGUUCUCUCAUCAGCGUUGAUUUCUAUAGGCGAAGGUGUCUGGUCGCGUCCGGCCUGAUGGAUUGGUUUGCGUAUUUCAGUGGCACUGUUGAGAUUUACUUAUUUUUUUUUUUUGCAUCAGAGGUCACGUUGUGCAUGGAUGUAUAACGAAGUGAAUCAGCCACUGGUUCAGAGGAUUUCUGCUUAACGAGUUAAGCUAGGUUGUAGAAUGGGGUGCAUGCCCAUUUGACUAAGAAAUUGGUCUGAAAGGUUUUGUGAACUCGGGAAACUUUUUUUUUUUUUUUGGCGCAUUACUACUUUUUAAAGACAGGAUUUAUUUUUCAUAUUAAAACAUAAAAGUAAAGGUAACUGAUGCUUGUGUUGCUGUUACUCAUGCAAGACUUUGUAGCAGAUUAUUCAUUUAUGUAUUCAUCCAUUCAUUCCAUUUUAAACAUGUGUAACGGACUGAGGGACCGAGGUUUGCCACUCAGAACAAAGACGAGGAAGUGUGGCCUGCUGAAAAGCAACCAUCUAAUAAGGGAAAUAGUCAAAAUAGAAAAGUACUUUUGGAAUUCACUACAUAAAUGAGAAAUGCACCAUCAAUAAAGAGUGGAGUGAGUUGGCUUAUCAACUUUUUUUGCACCUUUCUCUUUGUGACUGCUUUUCACUGCUUCGGUCUUUUCAUAAAGUAAAAUCUGUAAAUUUUACAGAGAGUAUUCUGUUUUACAUGAUUGUUCAUUCAGUAAGUAUUUGAGCAUCUUCAUUGGGAUGGGCACUGUUCUGGUCACUAGACGCUCAGUCUAUGGACAUCGGAUUUUACAUUCUGGUAAUAAAAAAUAUAGUAAGCUGAGAGAAAAAAAAAACUAGCAUAACGGUGAUCAGGGCAGGAAAAGAGGUCAGGAUAGGCCUCACCAAAACAAAACAAAAACAAACAAAAUGACAGCAUUGGAGGAAAUACUUUUCAAUAGUUCUCAACUAUACUUUGUAGGAGAAGAUACUGCCAAUUAUUUGGAAUAACGUGGACAAAAGUCAAGUGGGAAUAUGACAGUGUGCCAGGAAGAGCCUGACCGAGUAGUGGCCAGAGAGCAAGGCUGAAAGUAGGUAGUAGUGAUGCGAAAAAUCAGGUCAUAAAAUGGUCUUGGAGACUAUUAUCAAAUUAGUUAAUUGCUGUGAGAGUAAAUUGUUAAUUGUUAAUAAUUAUGUUUGCUCUGUUAAGUACAGUCAUUGGUAAAUGGAAUUGUAAGAAUAUAGUCUUAAGAUUUUUCACAUAUACUGACAUGUCCAGCAUCAUCCCCAUUUUGACAAAUAGGAAAGGUCCCAAGCUGCCCAGAUCAUCAAGUGCCAUCUUUCUUUACAGUCUAGAAGAGAUCCCAAGUUUCUAGAUUGCAGGAUUAAGAAGGUAGAGAUAAUACUAAGCUUUAAAUGGCUGGAGUAAAAGUCAAUUUGCAAGCACUGGAAUAAAUCUUGUAAAGGAACAUUUUGUAACAUGGAUUCUCUAACAGAAGAAUUUUUUGUGAGUGGAAAUCCUGAUGUGGAGGAGCAAACCAAGGAAGAAACUGAGAAUAGAGUAGAGACACCAGUCAGUCAGCUGGACAAAGAGAAAACAAAUAUACCUACUGAUCUUGACCCUGUAAACAUACUAUUAGAAGUGAAGAAGCUAUUAAAUGCCAUUGAUGUUCUACCCAAAGGUGUGGUCCCUAACGUUGAAAAGUUCAUACAAGAAGACUUCUUCCAGACUUUGAAGAGGGAAGUUGCAGCUAAUAGCCAGACUGGAGAAGAAAUUGUUCCUGCUUUAACAUUACAUUUUUUGAUAACACAACUGGAAACAGCACUUAGAAACAUUCAAACUACUAGUUGUACUGUACAGCAAGUUAAUAUUGGUUAUUACUUGACAUUACUAUUUUUGUAUGGAGUAGCGCUCAGUGAAAGAGGAAAGAAAGAGGACUGCACAGAAGCUGAAAAUAAAUUUCUAGUGAUGAAGAUGAUGAUCCAAGAACAUGAAAUUUGUGAAAACUUUAUGACGUUAGUUUAUUUUGGACGUGGUUUACUUCGAUGUGCUCAGAAGAGAUAUAAUGGAGGACUACUAGAAUUUCACAAAAGCUUACAAGAAAUGGGAGAUACGGAUGAUAAUUGGUUUGACGUAGAUCCUACAGAUGAUGAAGAUUUACCUACAACUUUCAAAGAUGUUCUCAAUAAUUUUAUCAAAAGAACUGAAAGUAAUAUAAUGAAACAGACCAUUUGCAGUUAUCUUGAUUGUGAGCGCUCUUGUGAAGCUGACAUUUUAAAGAGCACCAACUAUAAGUUGUGGAUUUCUGAAAUAAUCUCUGUUGCAAAAAGAAGCUUCUUUGAUGAGUGGUAAGAGCUACACUUAUCUGUGGGACUAAGGAUAAAUAUUUAGACUACAGUUAGAUAUUAUAUUGGUUAUAUGUUGGUUAUACAGUUAGAAAAUUUUAAUGGUCAGUUUCCUUUUGGGCUUGUUACCUCUCCAGCUAGGUUCUAGUACCAAGCAUGAGUUCCCUCCUAUUGAGUGGACCUUAAAUCCAAUAGACAGGUUUUGGUUACCCCACAAUAAUAGUGCCAGUGUUGCAUCAUUGUGGAUUUCUAUGGUCUAGUCAUUGUGGUUCUUAGGAUUUAUAGCUGAGUAACACUACAGUUUGCCCUUCUUCCUCGGCAGCUUUUAUGGUACAUUCUGGUAACUAUGAACAACAGUCUUCAGGGAGGAGGCUUCCAAGUCAGUUUUAACUCAGUUGCUCCAAGUUCUAGUUCUGAAGUUUGUGGUGUCUGCAGAAGUAGGAUUUUACUUUAAAGCUCUGGACAGCAACUAAAGGAAAUAUCAGUAGCGUAUGUUGUUUUAGGAGACUUUCGUAUUCCUCUGACCAGCAACUAGGAGGGAGAUUUCUUUCUUCUGCCGGGCUCUGUGGUUUUUGUUAGGUAGGCUUUUGUGGAGAGCACCAUCACUGUAUGUUACAUAACAGCAUUUUAAAAUAAAUGCACACACAAAGACACACACACACAAAGACACACACACACACACACACACACACACACACACACACACACACACGACUAUGGGGUGCCCAGCCCCAGCUAAUAUGUCUGCCGCAUAACCUAACACUUAAGACUCAGGUAAAAUCACAAAAAAAGGAGAUGGAAAGAUUAUAAGAAGCCCAGAACUCUUGGUGCUAUACAGUGUCCCCUACACUUGACAGGGAAAAUACACCCUUGAAAUGUGUACAUGUAUAUACAAUAAUAAGGAAAAGAUGAAUUUGGGAGGGGAAAGGGGGCCAAGAGUGAUGUUAGAUGCAGUACUUAUGUGUGAAGUUCUCAAAAAA